UAUAGCCAUUGUUUUCAAUAUGAGUCAAGUACAUACACUUACAACGAAUAGUAUUUUUAAAGGCGGAUUUACAUGUAAGCUCAUUACUACGUUUUCAUUAGCGCAAGCCAUAAUAAUCAGAGUUCGUAAUGUGGACGUAUACGUUGAUAUUUGUGGGGCUUGUAAGAGUGGGGCUUGGCCAAAGUUUGGAACCAAGCUCAUGUACGUGGCACGAGACAAACAUGAAGGUAAUUGAACGACUAGCCAUCCUUGAAACUAAGCAGAAAUACCUUGAAGAGACAAUAUCCAGACAACAACAUUUCAUUGACGAUUUGAUUAACGUUGUUAUGAAACAAUGGGGAUCUUGGUCAGAGUGGAGCGCAUGCGCAUUCAAGUGUAGUGGAAAUGACGUAGAUAAUGGGCGCACCCAAACCAGAACGAGGUUACUUAUGAAAGACAAUGUCGCCAUGCAAAAUGAAACUGAGCGACGGCCGUGUAACGCUGUGCAAUACGCAGGAUGUGAGGCGUCGACCGGUUCGGACGACCAGUACGGUGUUGCCUAUGACUACCGUGACCAGAUGGCACAGGCAACAUGCACCGCGUUAUUAGACACCGGUAGUACGGAUGUGUACGCCGUUAGGCGCGUAUGCUCCAACAUGACCGUGUCGUGUGCAGAAGUCUGCUCAAGUCUAAGGUACGUUUUCAGUUUCUAGUAUUUUUUAUAUGCUUGAUGGGAAUGUUUUAUUGUUUAAAAAGCACAAACGGCAAUUUAGGAUUUUGGCUCAAAGGUACAGGAAAUACAUACUAUUUUGUAUACAGUGUCCUUGAAUAGCAAUUUGUUUUUGUUUUGUUCCCGCUUUACUUGUUUCAACUCCUUACAUGUGUACAAUAUCGGAACUCCGCUACCAUGGGGCGUUACUGGAAAGCAUAAUGGCCGGAUGAACCGUUACAACAGCUGUGCUGGAUCAUAUUGUGGACCGAACUUCUGCUGCUGCCGCGAAUAACCGAAACAGACUGGAUCAAUAUUAUAAAAAUAUUUAAUAUAACCUAUGAAGCAUGCUGGUAUAAAGAUUAUAUAACGACGCGGUCUAUAAUGAUUUCCAGGUCCAUAUCAACAACAUAGUUUACAUCUUACAAUUAAAUAACUGUUUUACCAUAUGAUUUUCUUCUGUAUGAUAUUUGGUCAUAUCGGUCUUUGACCUUUUUAUAGGUACAUAAUCAGUUCUAUUAUUAUAUCAUUGUUUUUGUAGCACAUAUAAUGUAAACGGUUAAGAAGGGUGCAGCGGGCGGAGCGAGAAAGUUUUUCAAAGACACUAAAAGUUAACAUAUCAUGCGGGAUUGGUUGGCUGAGUGAGAUGACGGCUUUUAAUGACGUCAUUAGCCUAUCCAUGGAUGUCGGCUCCAGUCUCAGACUCAAUCUUGUAAGUCAUAAUGCACAGAAAAAAUGUAACCCUGAUUGUAGCUACCCAAGUUAUUAAACUUGCGCAAGUUUAUGGGAUUGUCACAUCCGCUCCGCUUAAAGUCCCUCCGAAAAGGAGAUUACUUUUGUUAGUGGUGAAGCGGAACUUGCGACCCCUUGGUAAACAUUUAAAUGUAUUACUACAAUACUGCGGGACCAAAAAUGUCCUUGAGUAUAACAUUUUUUUUCAUCAGGCGGGGAACCAACUUUUGACGCCAAGUAUUGAAACUGAACUUCAUAAGCGUGAUUCUUUUUGAAGGCCGAUUGAUUGAAGACAUUCAUGUGAUGUAUAGACUAGUAUACAAGUUAUUUUCUAAAGAACAUAUUUUUAAACAAGUCAAGCUCAGAAAACCAAAUAAUAAAAUGUUUGGAUGUUUUAAAUUAAACUAUAUAUGUG